CAUGUCGCGAUUCGCAUCCACUACAUUUUGACUUAUCGCGCCCGCUGCUUAUUGUUCCGAGCACAUCGCUGACAACAACAUCGCGCGGGUAAACAUUAAAUUUUUCCACUCUCGGCGAGGUGCGAGUUGCACACUGCGCCGUAUGGGUGUCUGGACAUUUUGAAAAACCUGAAAAACGGUUUCAACGGAUUGUUUAUUACGGCCACAAACGGUGUUAUCACCGAUCGUAUGCCACCUCCGGUCGUGCGAGUCCAGUGGAAUCAACCAUUCGGGAAUAGUGACGGUGUUUGAAUCGCAACAACAGACUAUUGAAAGUCAUGUCGUCCACUGUGCGCGCACCUCCACCUACUAAAUCGACAAGAAUACCAAAGUUUGGCACCUCUCGAAUUCCACUCCCAGGCUCCACAAUUCCGCUACCAACCAGAAUCGUCGCCAAACUGAAUCUGCCACAACAGAAGCCAGAACCAACAGUUAUUUCUCCGGUCAUUGCGUUGCCCAUAACAAGAGCUGAUCUGGGCAAACGUGUGCAAGUUACAAAAAACAGCGAAGGUAUUCUUCGAUUUGUAGGUGAAGUCGAGUUUGCAGCUGGAGUUUGGGCCGGCGUCGAACUGUCUGGUAGUGGUGGUAAACACGAUGGCAUUGUAAAUGGUUUACGCUAUUUUUCAUGCCCACCAGGACUUGGUUUGAUGACACCAGUAUCAAAGAUCUCUCUUAUUGAUUCACCUUCUUCAGAGACCGACUGUUCGGGCCCGUAUAGUAUGAUUUUCGGGCUAGGUGACGACGCCGAUAAAGACAAUACCAUCACAAAUAUUUCUAUCACCGCUACACCGACUUCUGCAGUUAACACAACGCCGAAAGUGAUACGAUCGCGCACGUUCGAUAAAAUAGAAAUUAGUCCGGAGAAAAAUGAAUGUAUUUACACGAAAGGGAAUACCACUAUUAAUACAUCGGGGCAAUUGCCCGAAACAACGUUUAUGGUAAAUCAACUGAAUAAUACAACGGUUCUGAAAGAAGCCAGUACGAAAGCAAACAACACAUUUAAUAUAGUGGAUAAUCAAAUGAAAGGGAAUGGUACGUUUAACACAGGUCAACAGCCAAAUCUCAUGGACACGACGACGCAAUUAAAUUCGACGGUAACUUUGUCGCAGAAUCAUUACAUUGACACUACCUUUGAUAAAGAAGCAAAUGACGAUCAUGAACUUGUUGGUGAGACUUUCCUGCAAAGUAAGACUGAUAACGACAAGACUUACGAAUUGAACGAGACCGUAUGCAAUUCGAAUCGAGUGGGAAAAGCUAAUUUAGCAAUUAAAAGGCGUAACUUUGUGUUGGAUUUGCCAAAUAAUUAUUCAGAUCUUAAACUACUUCACUCAUCUACACCUGUGGCAGAUGAAAUUGUUUUAAGGAAAUAUCGGCCGUCACCUUCGCAUCUGGAAGACGAAAGCAACAAACGUGAUUCGUUAGAGUUUGAAGAAUCAUUGGGUAUUUUGACUCCUGAUCAGAUGAUUGACCCUACAGGUUUGGCUGCAUCUAGGACUCCUAGUUCUGAAAAUAUUCGACUUUUGCCUCAUGACAAUGAGUCGUCGGCCGUUGGCGAAUACAGCCUCGGUUUGAUUGACCUAUCCAAUGUUACUAUGAACCUGCAGUUGGUGAGUUUAGCUCGUUUGGAACAAACACCAUCCCCUGAGGAAUUACCCCUGGAUCCUACGCCGUUACAAGAUCCGAAAGACAAAAAGGCACCUAAUAGUUUUAUAACAAGCAUCACGAGUAUCACUAGUUUGGACACCGGUUACCAGGGUGAUGGCGAAAUGUCAAGACCCGCAAGUCGCGGUGCUGACGGAGCUGACAAUUCGCCAUUAACACGACGGCCCCAGCCUCGACAACCACCACGACGGGCAGAUCCGAUGACAGACUCAGACUUCUACACAGAGUCCGACGCCGACAAUCACGACGAUAAUCCGCUGCGCGGUGAUCGCAAGGCGCAAGUAAUAGAUGGUACUUUAUACGGCGUCGACGCACAAGCCACCGCCGAUCUGUAUGCGAAUAAUAGAGAGAAUAUGGACUCGAGUGGCAUAUUCACUGACAUCGAGCGCACUGAGGAUAUUUCGAGUGCUGAUAAUGACGUUAACGAGGCGAAUGAGGUGAAUCAAAUGCAGGUCGAACUAUCGCCGUCAGAUUCGUCGACGCAAACGAUAUCAGAUGACAGUCAGACGCACGUUAAUAUCAUAAUGGACAAAACUCUUACACCCCCACUGAAUAAGACAACAGUGACACCACAACCAGAUCUUGAAGUAGUGUCAAAUGCAUCCACGAUAACUUCGACGCCUAAUAGUAUACGAUCGGCGCGUUCUGCGCGCUUGGAUGAGAGUAAACAUAAAAUGCCCAAACGAAAUGUUGCCUCAAAGGUGAAAACUUUAAUGGAGCCUAGCAACAAAGAGAAUGAGAAGCGCACGACGCCGAAAAAGGCAGGACCUGGUCGGUGGGAUGCGGUUAUGAAUAAAAUUAGCGCACCGGAUACCCGGAAAGGCUUCAAGGAAGUCAAACCCAAGGUAUUCACCAGUUUGAAUACGAAUUUACCGCGCAACAAUGAGAAGAAAACGGAGCUGCAGAAACCUAGUCUUAACAACCGUCGUAUUCGCAGUCGAGUAAUAACAUCCCCAAAGCAGACCGGCAGCAUAAGCAGCUCCUUGAGUGAUUUAAGUGGCGCAUCACGAACGACGAAAACACCAGGUUCUGCCAAAAAGCGUGAGGUGCUCAAAGUAAAUCAAGUUUUAAAUGGAACGAAAGUACAACCGAAAAUCGGGCCAAAUGAAGCCCGCAAUAACUCCAAGAAUCUACUCUCCAACAAAGAAGCCAAGGAGAAGAAAAAGGAGAUUAUUAAAGAUACUGGAAGGGCUACAGUGAAAGGGAGCCUCGUCACGACGACCAGCAACCGACCCCAAUUGCAACAACAGCGCGCAGCGGUCAAGCAGCAGCUGCCAGCACCGCGUACUGCCGAGGCCCUGGCUGUACUCGUCCAGCACUUAGUCUUCAAUUUGGAAGCAUUCAAGAACCCUGGUCUGCGAAAAGAAGCCGAAAAGGCGAAAUUGGACGCCGAAGAAGCCCGAAUGGCGUGUGGAUUACUUGAGGAAUCGUUGGGACAACAACAACAGCGUCAUUCUAGCGUCGUGCAGGAAGAGCGAAACAAGUACCGGGCAGAAAUUGCACAUCUUAUUGAAAAACAUCGAAGUGAACUCAUUGAAUUAAAUGCCAAACAUCACGAUACUUUAAAUCAGUUUGAAAUAGACAAGAAUACUAUGAAACAUAAUCUCAUAACACAACACGAAGAACAGAUGCGCAACGUCAAAGUGGAAUUUGAAAAACUACAAAAGACGCACGAUGAAUCGCUCGACAUCCUCCGAGAAGAAAAUGAUGCCAUUCGAGAAGAAAUUGAUGAAAAGAAUGAUAAAAUCAGGUGCUUGGAACACUUUAAACAUGAGAGUGAAAAGUUAAGGCACGACUACGAGGCCAAAGAAGUCAAACUUCAAGAAGCCUAUGACGAAAUUGCUCGAUUACGAGAGGAAAAAGAAGCAUGGUUUGCUCAACGAGGUGAUGGAGAUACCUCCUUCCAGGAGGUGCAGUCACUCCGUGCCGUGUUGGAUCUGAAGCAAGGAGAGGUUGCCGAAUUGCGUAAACUUUUGGCAGAAGCGUCUCAUAAAGCGGACCAACUACCUGCUGCCGAAGAAAAGAUAGCCCUGUUGACCGCUAAGUGCGAGGAUUUGCAUCAUCAACUGGAGCGCAAAAAUGAAUGCGAACUGAAUCUAUUCAGUGAGAAUAAGAAACUCAAUGAAUCGAUUAAGGAGGAGGUGAAUCAAAGUCAACGUUUGCGGCUGCACAACGAAGAAUUGCAAUGGCGACUACAACAGAACAAGGAGGUGUUUAAGGCGCUUGAAGGGACGGAUCAGGCGGCGUUUACGCGAUCCUUGAUCAGUUCAAGCUUUAACGAGCGUCACAGCAGCAGCAGCACACCAAAGCAUCCUAAUUUUGAACGUGCUCUGUCAUUUCGAGAUCGUAAGAUGAGCACAUUGAGCAACACGAGCAGGAAGUCGAGAAGUUCGCAAGAUGCGGACCUCGAUGAUAUUUCUCCUCCGUCUUCACCCAAAGUGAAGGGCGUCGUCGAGAAAUCGGAUUCGGUCAGUUACGUGCUAGAGAUGGACGAGAGCCCCGAAACUGUUGCUUCACGAAUUGUUAGACGUAGCUUCCGGAAUGCCACACCACCGAAGAAUACACCGACGAAGUCACCAGCUAAUAAACGGCCACGGAAAAACAGUCUAAUGCAAAGUUCUUCGGCAAGCAGCAUCCCGACAAAUAAGACCGAAGUGUGUACCAUGCGCCCUAUUUCCGGACGUACUGAUGUGACGGAGGAUUUCGAAUGGGGCCCCGUCGUUGUCAGCUCGCCUUACGUCAAACACCGAUUCGAUGAGAAGCAGUAUUGCAUUGGAGAUUACGAGGAGGAAGAUUUGCUCGAUCUACGGUUGCCAGAAUUGCCCAGCGAAAUUGGACGAAAGCAUGGUAACACGCUCCCAGUACCUAAACACUUGGCCGGCGAAGCCAUGAUCUCUGAGAGCAAUUCAGAGGACGAGAGCUCCUCGAGUUCUUCUAGUGGACAAUUGUGAGAUGAACUGUUGUUUUAAUUUUAAACUGUUUUUAUUAGUUAUCGCGAACGUCGUUUUAAGUAAGGUUGGGGAAAACGAUUAUACCUUUUAUUUAUGCCUUUUAACGAAUAAAAACUAUUGUUACAUCACUAACACACUCUUUUGUAUAUACAUGUAAAGAUUACGUUAACAUUUUAAGAAAGUUUAAGUCAAACAGCAUUCGCUGAAUAACAGAGUGAGUUUUAGCAAACACUUGAUACGUUUGUAAAUUUUGCUAAAAUGCACUUUUCCACGAAAUCUCUGCAAUCGAUUACCAUUAAAUUAAUUGUGAUAAAACGAUAAUCGAUUGUAGUAAGGCAGAACUUAUAAAAUGAAUAUGAAACAUGAAAAUGAAAGGGUUCAAUAUAUUUAGUAUAUUUCCAAAUAUGUUGUUCGCUUUCAUUUUCAAUAAUUUUCAGCUUCAUAUUUCAGUAUUAAAAUAGAUAAGUUAUAUAAUAAGAAUCUUUGUGCAAUUGUUUGUUAACUGCGCUGCUUGGAGAGUGUAUGAAACAGAAUUUUUACCAUGUAAUAUGAUUCAAUGAGUAUCAAAAGUAAUAUGUUUAAGAAGAAAAAGAUAUUUAUGAAGAUGUUAGGACCAAAAUCUUAGAUUAUCUAUAUUGUCACGACCCCUCCUCGUUUACAUACUAAUAAUACAAAUAAUCUACCAGUAAUUGUGUCGUACACGAUUAUGAAAAAAAGCGUUGUGGUAAUAUUUAUUAACAUCGCUUUCAUUGUUUGUCAAAAUGUAUAUUAAAUUGUGAUGAAGCAAUGUUAAUAAUAUUAUUAUAACUGAUUUAUAUAUAUAUAACUAGGAGUGAAAGUAUUGAAUAUUAAAGAUUAUAUUAAUAAUUGCAUAUUUGAAGGAAAUAUAAAAUAUAACGAA